GUUUCCAGUAAGAAAACGAGCCUAUAAAUGGCCUUUAAAUAAAUAAACCCCAAUUAUUUAAAUUACUGUAGUUUUCUUAACACACAAAACUUUUCCUUGCAAAUACUGUGCACUUUAUUGCAGACAGCAAACCCAUAACACCAAUUUGUGUAUUUAAGAUUUGAAAAUGCUGGAUAUAAAAGCAAACAUAAACUCAUUUUUCAUAUUUAACUCCAGUUUCGGGCCCAGAGAAGGUGAUGAAGCUAAACGUAUUUUGUUCUUCCAUCCGAAUCAAGUGAGCAUAGAUUCGAGGAAAAAUCAAGUGGGAUUAUGUGAAGCCGUCGUAAAGUUCAUGUCGACUUUUUCUUCAGAACCAUGUGAAGCUCUCCAGACUCAAAUCAAGAGAUAUAUAUUCUAUCAACCAGAAAAAGGUUACUGGAUGGUUCUGGUUGUAAGAAUCCCAUACACUACCAAAGCUUUAUCAGCCAUUGGAGAAAGCCAGAGUGAGUGUCCUGUGGAGCCAUCGGUAAUGCAUGACUUGCUCAAGUCUGCUUACAAAAUGUUCAAGAUGUUCAUGGGACCCUUCAAGAACAUACCGCAGGAAGACAUUUAUACUAAGUGUGAUCAUUUCUUUACUCCUUAUUUGAUGUCAAAGGGCUUUACAAAUGAUGUGUCAGAUGUAAUCAGAGGUAUCAAUUACUUGCCUCUAGACAAGAACUCUUUCUUCAAAGUGGUAUGCUUCAUAGAUUUAUUGGAAGUCAAUUACCCCAUCUUCAAGUGCGCCACAUUUGUCUACAAUGAGCAACUGAUUUGGAACGGUUUAUCCUCAGAUGAUAUGCUAACUCUGUAUCAGUAUUUGGUCCAAACAUUAUUACCUAAACAAGUUGAGAAAGAAAUUCAAGGAGGCGCUGUGGCGGCUGCCCAGCGCCACGGCCGGUUCAUCAGCCCAACAGAAGGCAUUCGAUGCAAAGAAGACUUAUUGAAAUUAACAAAGGUGUAUAUUAUGAGAGAAGAUGAUACAGAGGCUAAACAGUAUUACUUGGUCAUUUAUAGGACACUGAGUGCGACAGUUUGUUUCACUGUUGAUGUGAGUGUAAAUCUUGAGUUAGAGAUGUUCAAAUCGCUGGACGCCUUCAUUAGCCCUCAGCUAUCUGCAAUUGCGUCAACGAUCAGCGAGCAAUGCGCAAUAUUCGCGGUGCAGACCGCGCAGGUCGCAGCCACUACAGACUCCAAGUUUGUUUACUUCAACAGACUUAAUUUAGCCUACAAAUCUUCUAGUCCUUUAAGCAAGUUAAUUCCAUCAACUACAAUAAAACCUGAAGUGUUGAGUAUAAUUGCAGGCAUACACACCGACAAACAAAGCUUAGGAAGUUAUGGUGAAAUUAUAAUUAAAACCCCUGACGAAUACUGGAUCACAGGCAAGACAUCAAAUGAAAGAGAGUUUUAUGUGAUCAUACAGGAGAAAAAUGCUAAUCUUAAGGAUAUCUCAGAUGAAGUAAGAAGAGUAUGUGAAACACAGAUGAAGGGUAUAUUCUUUUACCCAGCAUGAAUCUAUGAAAUUCAU